CAUUCCUCCCUUGACGGAUUGGUAUUUUAACUGUAAACUGUUGCGACCGGGCCUCCCUCCCAGGGUCUAGGUUCCCUGCUCCUUCUGGAAGGAAAUUUAUAUAGAGUUAGGUAACCAGCCAUGACGUAUUUUAAUCGGCAUGCAAAAUAACUCGGUUUAUUUAAAAUUUCUAUGACAAGGAACACCAUUACAGCCAGUCUCUCGGAAACGAAGAGGAACAAGUUGGAGAGUUUUAGCACUGCGAUCAAAUUUUUUAUUGCUACAUUCCUGAUGAGAAAAACUCUUGCAUGUUUUUCCAUCUCUCGAAGGUUGGAUAGAGGUUCUUCACGAACAUUUGGGUGGGUUCUUUUUUAGACCUAAAUAUGCUAUUUUCCUUACUCUACCCAAAAAUCGAUACACUUUUUAAGACAAGACCCUACCCAAGAGGUGCCUCGGGUUCAAACAAAAUGCAAUUUUCAAGAGAUGAAUUACAAUAAUAAGAAGUUAAAAAUAGGUUCUUCGGAGUGCGCAAACUAUGUUCAGACUAAAAUAAAAAACUAUACCCCUUGGCGCUCGAUAACCAUAUAGUCUACACAGGGGGUACCCGUUGGUGAUAUCUCUCCUGGGAAAAGAGAGUGAGAGCUGAUUGCAGCGGUUGCAGCUGAAUUUGGGACAAAGAAAAGUUGAAGGGGAUCGAGCUAGACCAAACCGCAAGCGGAAACAGCGAUCACGAGGACGCUAAAAUAUUUUCACCGUAAAUCCGGUUUAACGACACGUUGACUUAAAGUAAUUUUAAAACAGCAUUCAAUUGAAUCUACUACUGCGAACCGACAUCUGGGCCAUGCAAACUCCUUGGAUAUGGUAUCAGCUGUUCCUAGCUUCACAGUACGUCCUGCAAGGUACAUUAUACGGACUUCAACUGAGAUAUCUACCGAUAAUUCUCCGUAAAUCCGGCUCUUCGCUGGUAAUGGUUGGAUCUCUGAAUCUUCUGACGUUUCCUUGGCUUCUCAAGUCUUUCUGGGCGCCGAUCCUGGAUAUCUACGGCAACAAAAACGCUUGGCUGUCGCUAAGUUACGCUGGGAUUGGUCUUGCUCUGUUACUAGCUAAAGCUGACAAUGGAGCUAUCUUCAUUUCCUCACUUGUGUUACUCAAUCUAUUUUCCGCGACGAUUGAUUUAACCCUUGGGAAAAUCCUCAUUACAAACUUUCAUGGAGACGAAUUGUCCAAAGCAAGCUCGCUUCAGAUCAUCGGUUACAAAAUUGGCUUUUUGAUUGGCGGUGGUAUAACGCUGUUGAUCGCAGAUAUAUUUUCUUUGAGCAAGGAAAUAUUUAUUUUCCUCGCCUUGUUAUAUUUCGUGUUAUCAUUGUUUUAUGUUACGCAACGCCCCGUUACACCGGAAACUUGGCCCAAACCGGAAACCUGUCGUUACUCGCUUCCAGGCUGUACGCGGAUGAAGGGGUUUGCGUGCACGCCAGGUUUAAAAUGGAUGAUAUUUUGCGCGUGUGUGUAUAAAUUUGCAUCACACUCCUCGCAGUCCAUAUUGACCAUGUUCCUGGUCGAUAACGGAGAGAGUGUAGGUCGUAUCGGUUUCAUGUCUGGAAUGACUGGGCAGGUCGUUUCUAUAGCAGUCGCCUCUGUUUGCGGAUUGGUUCUGUCGGCAAAAAGGAUGAGUCCCACAGAGCUCCUACUUUUGACGUCUUUUUUGUCUGUUUGUUCAGUUAUCCUUCAGCUUUACGUUGUUUGGUGGAAUAAUACGUCAUUUAUAGCCUUUGUGUACUUGUUCCAUAACGUUGUUCACGGGUCCCAGGCUACUCCGGUUUACACGCUCAUGUUGCGCUGCUCCCAGAAUGCACCGCCGUCCGUCCGCACAGCCUGUUACUCGUUCCUCGGUACGUUAGAAAUCCUUGGUAAACAGCUGUCUUUGUUCAUGGCAGGAGUCUUGACAGAGAGCUUUGGUUAUGUCGCUGCAUUAAAUAUUUCACUAGUAGUUUCUUUUUUUGUAGUUUUCCUAGUUUGGUAUUGCCCUAAACAUCUUCGAUGAAGUUAUAAAAUUAUAA